AUGACCAAUGCCCCGUCCGCGCGCAGUCACCACCACCACCACCAAAGCGUCCGGCGCUCAUCGUAUGCUUCAGUUCUCUCCGGCGCUGCCAACAACACCACCUUUGCCCCCCAGCACUCUGGCGCCUUUGCACACCUGCUGCAGCCUUCAACGAAUACCUCUGCUGCCUCGUUGCCCCCGUCGCUGCUCCACCUACACUCGCCCGGCCUCCGCCAUUCCUCCUCCGUGCCAACCACGGAUGCCGACAUGCAACUGAGCUACGGCGGCGCCACGAGCGCUGGGAGGAGAUCCGGCGGCCUUCCUGUGUACUCGCGACAGUUUGCCCACAUCCCCGAAUAUGCCGGCUAUCCGCCUGGAGCUGCUGGCCUGUCUAUAACAUCCUCGCCCGCCGCCGCCGCCGCCGCUGCUGCUGCUGCUUCCGACCUGCCGCCGUCCUUUUUCACACCCUCCUACCUCCAAAACUCGCGAUACAUCUCUCGUCUCGAGUCUGCCCAGCGAUCCCGACAGCUGGCUGCUCACCGAGAAUCCUCCACCGCUCCUUCGCUUUCCGCCUCCUCCAGUCAUGUCAACCUCCACCGCAUGGCCAGCUCGCACCGUCCGUUGCUACAUGACGCCGUGGAAAAGGACCUUGCCACCACGGAAAACCAGCAGCCGCAGCCGUUGCCGACGUGCUGGAACGAUGGAGAUAAGCACAACGGCCUUGAUUUGCUGAAUGACGGCUUGGAGGUGCGCUACAUUGGCCACCAGCACAAAAUCGACCAUGAGGCCGCCUCGGUGCGCGCCGACCAUCCCAUGCCGCGCGAGGCCGGCAUGUACUACUACGAGACGACUAUUCUGGCAAAGCCCAAAGAUGCUGUCAUUGCCAUCGGCUUUUCGUCCUCGCGGUCGUCACUCGAGCGCCUUCCGGGUUGGGAUAGCGAGUCGUGGGCUUAUCAUGGCGACGACGGCAAAGCCUUUAUAGGAGAAUCUCAGGGCCAGGGACGUCCGUUUGGGCCUACGUUUGGCAUGGGCGAUACUAUCGGCUGUGGUGUGAAUUUUGCCACGGGGACCUGUUUUUUCACCAAGAACGGACACUCUAUUGGAACCGCUUUUCGAGAUCUUCAGGCCUCCCGCAACGUGAACUUUUACCCUGCAAUUGGCGUCAAGAGGCAUCCCAGCAUGCAUAUAAAAACCAAUUUUGGCCAGCAACCGUUUAUGUUUGACAUUGAUAGUAUAAUCAAUAAAGAAAAAGUCACCUUACUUGCCGAAAUCGACGACACCAGUAUCGCCGGCAUUCAGCCGCCCUUGGACGAUGUCACCCUGCUGCAGGAACUCGUCGCCCAAUUUCUCUCCCAAGACGGAUAUUAUGAGACUGCCCGUGCCUUUGCAGAAGAAGUCCGGCAAGAAUCGGACUCUGUCGACGACGACUCGCGGCCUGUGUUUCAAUACCAGCAGGAACAAGACGUGGACGCGACGAAUCGACAGAAAAUCCGCACUGCCAUUUUAGAAGGGGACAUUGACCGAGCCCUCAAGUAUACAAACGCAUACUUUUCCCAAGUGCUGCAAGAUAACCCCAGCAUCCUUUUCAAGCUUCGCUGUCGAAAGUUCCUGGAGAUCCUCUCGAGUGCGUCCUCGAAACGGGCAAAGACAUCAUCAAGAAACGGAGUCGGCCACCACGAGGAAGUGUUUGAGCAAGACAUGGAACUCGACGACCACAUGCACGACGAUGACGGCUUCUCCGACGCCGACGGCAUGGACACGGAAGGGACGGACUCGAUGGCAAAGUCUGAAGAGAUGCUGACAGAGGCUGUCCAGUACGGCCAGCAGCUGCGCAUGGACUAUCCGACGGACGACCAGGGCGGGGACAAGCAGUAUCUCGAGGAUAUUUUUUCCUUGAUGGCGUACCCGGAUCCGCGAACAUCUGUCCACGGACACUAUCUUGAUGCGUCGGGUCGAACGGCAGUCGCCGACGAGCUCAACUCGGCGAUUCUCGUCUCCCUCGGCAAGUCAUCAUCAGCAGCGCUAGAAACGCUAUACUCGCAAACCGAGGUCUUGGUCAAUGAGCUUAGUGAAGGCGGCGGCGUCGGGGCGUUUAUUAAUAUCCAGGGUGAUUUUCUUUCGUAG